AUGCUCGCCACAACCGUCCCCCUCUUCCGGCGCUCCGUCGAGGAAGGCGGCAACAUCAACUAUGAGCUGCCCGCGUGGUCGCUCUGGGUCAUCCUCAUCGACCUCGUCGUCUUUGUCCCUCUUCUCUUCUUCGCCGAGUACACCGUUGGCACCAUCUACCCCAUCUACUCCAUGGUCGAGGACGAGAACCCGCCCGCCUACGCCGCACUCUCCGCCGAUGACGAGGAGCACGCUACCGCGACCACCCGGCCGACCGACGGCGCGCCCCGGACCGUCACCUCGUCCCUGCGCGCCGUCACCCGCCUGCUCUACGCCGUCGCGGGCGUCCGGGGCUUCUUCCGCGGCAUCCUCUUCCAGGCGAUCCAGUACCUGAUGACCGUCAUCCUCGUGGAGCUCUUCACGCAGGCGCUCGGCCUCUACUUCACCCCGAUCGCCACGCUUCUCGCCUCCCUCACGCUGGUCCAGUUCUCCGCCGCCUGGGUCCACAUCGUCCUCACGCACCCGGUGCCCGGCGUCUCCCACUUCCGCCGGCUGCCGACCUUCACCCGCGCCUUCGACGCCACCUGGCGCCCCGUCCUGCUCAACUGGCUCGCACUCGAGGUCGUCCGCUGGGUGCCCACGGUGCUCUUCGAGAUCCUUAACGUGCACAUGCCCGAGUACAAGAACGGCGGCCGCACCGACGUCAGCGAUGUCUCCGGCGCCGACCUCGCCAAGCUGGUCGCCAUUGCCUUUGUCUCUGCCUUUGCCGGCAUCGCCCUCGUCAUCCCGGCCCGCGUCAUCCUCGUCCGCGUCCAGGCGUCGCUGCUCCCCGAAGAGGUCGACGCCAUCAUUCCCUUUGACCGCUCCUUCCAGGGCAAGGUUGUGCCGGCCGUCGCGGGUGGCCGCGGCUACGCUACCGUGGCCGAGGCUUGGACUACGUUUAGCCGCGCAGGAUGGCGCCGCCUCAUCACGCUGUACAUCAAGGCGUUCCUGGUCACCGUCGGUGUCUACGCCCUCAUCGCUGCGGUUUCGAUUCCCGAGUUCCUCCUUAUUGUCCAAAAGACGGGCGACAACGGCGAUGAGCUGUAG